AUGGAAUAUUAUCGAGCAAUUGGAUUGGAUAGGCGACAGCAGAAUGCGCCUGCAAGAUUUGCGGUUCAUGAAGACUCGGACAAAGAAAAUCGAGCCGCCAGACUUUUAGGGAAAGCCGACGAUGAGACAGACAGACCGCGAUUCCGGUACUUAUUACCCAUACCGAGCAAGGGCGCAAGCGGCAGUGGUUGGACGGGUAGCCGUCAUGUCAUGGGGGAAUAACGGAAUGGCCUGUCAAGUAGCCACAUGAAAAAACGGCAAUCGUUGGUUGGAGAUACAAUUGUUGUGGAAGGCCCUAGGAGAUCGAAGUCCCCAUAUAUAGCUGACAACAUUCAAGAAUACACCUCUGAUGGGAUCGAGGAAGAAUCUGAAUACAUCGAAGAAAAGACAGAGAUGCUCGAUGUCACAAACGAGCAAGAUGAAUCAGGGUACGAAGUCUACAACGAGGAAAGAAUAGAUAAUAAAAAGGAUAUCCAAGGGAAGCACGAUAGCGAUUCGUUAAGUAAGUUGCUAGGCAACGCAGUAUUGGUAUUUCACUAAUGUGUUCUUGAAGGACAUGCUGAAGCUUAUAGUCGGGUACGUGCUUUGUAUUUUCCUUCUUUUAUACACCAGCUAAUUAGUGUUACUACAGAUGAUAAAGGGUGCUGCGCCCCCUAUAUCAACCUGCAAUCCCCAAGAUGAAGCCAUCAGCAAAAAGCGCUCACGGGAGAUUUACGAGAGUGGCACAUCCAGCAGUAACAUGCCUCUAAGUCCUCACAAGUACGUCAAUUCUCCACCCCGACGGCCAGGAAAACGAACUUGUACGCCACCGUCUGGCGGUAGGAGGAAGUCAGCACCAUCCAAUCUUGAGAGAAGUCCUGUCAAAUGUUACGAGAAUAUGAUAUUGAAGAAGGAACCCAUUGCAAGUAAUCUUCUGCAGCUGUAUCUCUACAAAGCUAACACCAUGGUAGCGUGCGUUCCCGGAACACAUCGUUACUGGUGUGCAAAAACUCCGUGAGAAACAUGAGGGGAGUAUUUUUGAGCUAGGGGAUACCUCUGUCAGAUGUGUAGAUUGCAAUCAGACGUUUCAAAUACCGGCGAAGACAAAGAGUUUGGCUGGCCCAAAUAUUCAUUGCAGGGCAGCACCACACAGGUUGGCUGUCCAAAAACGAAUCCUCCAGCAGGAAAGAGAUGAAUCGCCCCUACUAAAGACUUCAUCGAAAGUAGCGGAUUUUGAUGUCUCCCCUCAGCCACCCGUUACAGCUUUGAACAGCCAUGGAUACGCCGGUUUUGCUAACCCUCUUGGCGAUGUUUUUACAGCUCUUCAGAGAUCUUCGACAGAAACCUACAAUCAACACAUGGCUGCGAAACAACGCCUGGACACUAUCGAGAAGCAGCUGAAUGCUCAAACUGGGCAUUUCACAAGCAUACUAGGUUUGUCGUAUUCUUCUGAAUCAAAUAUCAGGCAUCAGCGAAAAAACAACGUAAUACUGAAUCGACACUGGACGCUGUCACUCAGAACCAAAUCGAGGUCGAGACUCAAUUGAGGAAGGAACAGGCCGAUUUAGAAGAAAGAAUGCAGCAGCUAAGCGACAGUACUAUGGCAGAAUUUCUUUCUUGGAAGAUCGAAAUGAUAAUAACAAUACACAAGUGGAGAAUAAGUUUGCGGCCUUAAAGGAAGAUUCACAAAAGUCACAAUCCGAAAACCAUGAUGAAUUUGCAGCCCUGCCUGCUUCUAUCAUGGAGUCAACGGAGAAAAAUAAACAGCAAUUGUCCGUGAUAAACAACGAGCUUGUGGCUGCGAUCAGAUACAACUCACAACAGAUCCAAGAGACCCGUCACGAUAUCUCGCCUCUAAAUAAUCAUAUGAGCGAGCAGCUGCAACGAAAUUUUAGUUUGGAUGGCCAACUGAAACACCACUGGAGUUCUAUAUCAGCGCAAACACAUUACAAUAACGAAAAUCACCCCAGAUUUCUUGCCAUUGAGGAUCUUACGCGGCAUCAUCGCAACUACAUCAUUCAGUUACAAGAGGAGAUAAAAAGACUUGGAACCCGUGCAGACAACCAUGACUCAGCGUUCAAGCGCGGCCAGAGCGUCGAGAUGGUUAUUCGAGAUGAGAUCAAGAAACUGCGAGAAUCUGACCACCAACUGCAAAGAAAAAUUCAACCAACUAUUCCAUCCUUGCCACGACUACCACAGCAACGGCAUGAAGAAAAUGAAAUCUCGUCAACCCAAUCUUUUGUAGAGCAAGUUGGUGCCCAGUUGGCCACUCGAUUCGAUGCUAGACUAAAGUCAAUGGAGGAUACAUUCGAAGCACGGCUCGCUACAGUGCAAAGCGAGAGCAAUAAACAGAUAUCACUCCUCCAAGCACAGGCUACGAAGCAAAUACAAGUAAUGCAAGCACUAGAAAAAGAAAACUCAAAGCUGCGCUCGUGUAUUCCAAUCAUCAACAAAGAUAUACAGGAAAUGUCGGAAUGCUUCAAUGAAGUGAUCCCAGACCUCGGCGAGAAAGUUGAAUCACUAGAACACCAGCUUUCCACACUGGAUUCUUUGCUCCCCGGGCCUACCCGGAACCACACCACCCAACAGCCUCUCGAAGACGAACCCCGACAUCCUGUGCAAAAAGAAAUGGAUCUCGUAGAAGCAAGGUUUCAGCGUAUCGAAACUGCGAUUCCCGCACUUUUCGAGCAGAUCUCGUACAUAAGAGAUUGUUUCGAAGAGUCAGCUGAAGAGGGUGACGACAGGGUUGAAGAUCCUAAUGACUAUGACAAUCUAGAGCCACGACUAAAUAGGAUCGAAGCCAUACUUCCUGUUGUUAUUCAGGAGGCAACAGAAUUGAGGGCAUGUGUUGAUGAUCUAGGGGAGAUCCUUGGUUCCGAAAAGGAUCCCAGAGCCAACGACGAGAGUGAAAAUGAAAACGAGGAUCUCUUAAAAGAAGAGGCGGAGUCGGAUAGGGAGGAGGGGGUGGCGGAUCAUAUCAAAGAAGAGGAUUUCGAUGGAUGA